AUGACCCCUCAGAUCAUCAACACAUGGCUGAGAACUGAGCACGCUCGGCGGACGCUCGGCGGACGCUCGGCGGACGCUCGGCGGACGCUCGGCGGACGCUCGGCGGACGCUCGGCGGACGCUCGGCGGACGCUCGGCGGACGCUCGACAUGGCCCCGAGGGGGGGGGGGGGGGGGUGACAGAGACGGCCUAUCAGGGGCUGCUGCCGUGGGGGGAGAGGGAGCAGCAGACGACAGACGGGCUCCAUCCUCAGGUCAUGCUCGACAUCACGUGGCCGUGGGUUUGGAGCGUGGCCGUGGGUUUGGAGCGUGGCCGUGGGUUCGGAGCGUGGCCGUGGGGUUCGGAGCGUGGCCGUGGGUUUGGAGCGUGGCCGUGGGGUUCGGAGCGUGGCCGUGGGUUUGGAGCGUGGCCGUGGGUUUGGAGCGUGGCCGUGGGUUCGGAGCGUGGCCGUGGGGUUCGGAGCGUGGCCGUGGGUUUGGAGCGUGGCCGUGGGGUUCGGAGCAUGGCCGUGGGGUUCGGAGCGUGGCCGUGGGGUUUGGAGCGUGGCCGUGGGGUUCGGAGCGUGGCCGUGGGGUUCGGAGCGUGGCCGUGGGGUUUGGAGCGUGGCCGUGGGGUUUGGAGCGUGGCCGUGGGGUUCGGAGCGUGGCCGUGGGGUUUGGAGCGUGGCCGUGGGGUUUGGAGCGUGGCCGUGGGGUUCGGAGCGUGGCCGUGGGGUUUGGAGCGUGGCCGUGGGGUUUGGAGCGUGGCCGUGGGGUUCGGAGCGUGGCCGUGGGGUUUGGAGCGUGGCCGUGGGGUUUGGAGCGUGGCCGUGGGGUUCGGAGCGUGGCCGUGGGGUUUGGAGCGUGGCCGUGGGGUUUGGAGCGUGGCCGUGGGGUUCGGAGCGUGGCCGUGGGGUUCGAAGCGUGGCCGUGGGGUUCGAAGCGUGGCCGUGGGGUUCGAAGCGUGGCCGUGGGUUUGGAGCGUGGCCGUGGGUUUGGAGCGUGGCCGUGGGGUUUGGAGCGUGGCCGUGGGGUUUGGAGCGUGGCCGUGGGGUUUGGAGCGUGGCCGUGGGGUUUGGAGCGUGGCCGUGGGUUUGGAGCGUGGCCGUGGGGUUUGGAGCGUGGCCGUGGGUUUGGAGCGUGGCCGUGGGUUUGGAGCGUGGCCGUGGGGUUUGGAGCGUGGCCGUGGGUUUGGAGCGUGGCCGUGGGGUUUGGAGCGUGGCCGUGGGGUUCGGAGCGUGGCCGUGGGGUUUGGAGCGUGGCCGUGGGUUUGGAGCGUGGCCGUGGGUUUGGAGCGUGGCCGUGGGGUUUGGAGCCGUGGCCGUGGGGUUCGGAGCGUGGCCGUGGGGUUCGGAGCGUGGCCGUGGGGUUUGGAGCGUGGCCGUGGGUUUGGAGCGUGGCCGUGGGGUUUGGAGCGUGGCCGUGGGGUUCGGAGCGUGGCCGUGGGGUUUGGAGCGUGGCUGUGGGGUUCGGAGCGUGGCCGUGGGUUUGGAGCGUGGCCGUGGGGUUCGGAGCGUGGCCGUGGGGUUCGGAGCGUGGCCGUGGGGUUUGGAGCGUGGCCGUGGGUUCGGAGCGUGGCCGUGGGGUUUGGAGCGUGGCCGUGGGGUUCGGAGCGUGGCCGUGGGUUUGGAGCGUGGCCGUGGGGUUCGGAGCGUGGCCGUGGGGCUCGGAGCGUGGCCGUGGGGUUCGGAGCGUGGCCGUGGGGUUCGGAGCGUGGCCGUGGGGUUUGGAGCGUGGCCGUGGGGUUCGGAGCGUGGCCGUGGGGUUCGGAGCGUGGCCGUGGGGUUUGGAGCGUGGCCGUGGGUUUGGAGCGUGGCCGUGGGGUUUGGAGCGUGGCCGUGGGGUUCGGAGCGUGGCCGUGGGUUUGGAGCGUGGCCGUGGGGUUCGAAGCGUGGCCGUGGGGUUUGGAGCGUGGCCGUGGGGUUUGGAGCGUGGCCGUGGGGUUUGGAGCGUGGCCGUGGGGUUUGGAGCGUGGCCGUGGGUUUGGAGCGUGGCCGUGGGGUUUGGAGCGUGGCCGUGGGUUUGGAGCGUGGCCGUGGGUUUGGAGUGUGGCCGUGGGGUUCGGAGCGUGGCCGUGGGGUUCGGAGCGUGGCCGUGGGGUUUGGAGCGUGGCCGUGGGUUUGGAGCGUGGCCGUGGGGUUUGGAGCGUGGCCGUGGGGUUCGGAGCGUGGCCGUGGGGUUUGGAGCGUGGCUGUGGGGUUCGGAGCGUGGCCGUGGGUUUGGAGCGUGGCCGUGGGGUUCGGAGCGUGGCCGUGGGGUUCGAAGCGUGGCCGUGGGGUUUGGAGCGUGGCCGUGGGUUCGGAGCGUGGCCGUGGGGUUUGGAGCGUGGCCGUGGGGUUCGGAGCGUGGCCGUGGGUUUGGAGCGUGGCCGUGGGGUUCGGAGCGUGGCCGUGGGGUUCGGAGCGUGGCCGUGGGGUUCGGAGCGUGGCCGUGGGGUUCGGAGCGUGGCCGUGGGGUUUGGAGCGUGGCCGUGGGGUUCGGAGCGUGGCCGUGGGGUUCGGAGCGUGGCCGUGGGUUUGGAGCGUGGCCGUGGGGUUUGGAGCGUGGCCGUGGGGUUCGGAGCGUGGCCGUGGGUUUGGAGCGUGGCCGUGGGGUUUGGAGCGUGGCCGUGGGGUUUGGAGCGUGGCCGUGGGGUUUGGAGCGUGGCCGUGGGUUUGGAGCGUGGCCGUGGGGUUUGGAGCGUGGCCGUGGGUUUGGAGCGUGGCCGUGGGUUUGGAGCGUGGCCGUGGGGUUUGGAGCGUGGCCGUGGGGUUCGGAGCGUGGCCGUGGGGUUCGGAGCGUGGCCGUGGGUUUGGAGCGUGGCCGUGGGGUUUGGAGCGUGGCCGUGGGAUUGGAGCGUGGCCGUGGGGUUUGGAGCGUGGCCGUGGGGUUUGGAGCGUGGCCGUGGGUUUGGAGCGUGGCCGUGGGUUUGGAGCGUGGCCGUGGGUUUGGAGCGUGGCCGUGGGGUUCGGAGCGUGGCCGUGGGGUUCGGAGCGUGGCCGUGGGUUUGGAGCGUGGCCGUGGGGUUUGGAGCGUGGCCGUGGGAUUGGAGCGUGGCCGUGGGGUUUGGAGCGUGGCCGUGGGGUUUGGAGCGUGGCCGUGGGUUUGGAGCGUGGCCGUGGGUUUGGAGCGUGGCCGUGGGGUUCGGAGCGUGGCCGUGGGUUUGGAGCGUGGCCGUGGGGUUUGGAGCGUGGCCGUGGGUUUGGAGCGUGGCCGUGGGGUUCGGAGCGUGGCCGUGGGGUUCGGAGCGUGGCCGUGGGGUUCGGAGCGUGGCCGUGGGGUUUGGAGCGUGGCCGUGGGUUUGGAGCGUGGCCGUGGGGUUCGGAGCGUGGCCGUGGGGUUCGGAGCGUGGCCGUGGGGUUCGGAGCGUGGCCGUGGGUUCGGAGCGUGGCCGUGGGGUUCGGAGCGUGGCCGUGGGGUUUGGAGCGUGGCCGUGGGUUUGGAGCGUGGCAGUGGGUUUGGAGCGUGGCCGUGGGGUUUGGAGCGUGGCCGUGGGUUUGGAGCGUGGCAGUGGGUUUGGAGCGUGGCCGUGGGGUAUUCCCGGCGCACACGUCCUCUGCGGCCGGAGGAGACACACACACCACACACACACCACACACAGACACCACACAGACCCGGAUGUGGACCCGGAUGUGGACCCGGAUGUGGACCCGGAUGUGGACCCGGAUGUGGACCCGGAUGUGGACCCGGAUGUGGACCCGGAUGUGGACCCGGAUGUGGACCCGGAUGUGGACCUGGAUGUGGACCCGGAUGUGGACCCGGAUGUGGACCCGGAUGUGGACCCGGAUGUGGACCCGGAUGUGGACCUGGAUGUGGACCCGGAUGUGGACCCGGAUGUGGACCCGGAUGGGGACCCGGAUGUGGACCCGGAUGUGGACCCGGAUGUGGACCCGGAUGUGGACCUGGAUGUGGACCUGGAUGUGGACCCGGAUGUGGACCCGGAUGUGGACCCGGAUGUGGACCUGGAUGUGGACCCAGAUGUGGACCCGGAUGUGGACCCGGAUGUGGACCCGGAUGUGGAUGUGGACCUGGAUGUGGACCUGAAUGUGGACCAGACCACGCUCAGGAGUGUUGUCAGAGUGUUGUCAGUGUGUUGUCAGAGUGUUGUCAGAGUGUUGUCAGAGUGUUGUCAGAGUGUUGUCAGUGUGUUGUCAGUGUGUUGUCAGAGUGUUGUCAGUGUGUUGUCAGAGUGUUGUCAGAGUGUUGUCAGAGUGUUAGUGUUGUCAGAGUGUUGUCAGUGUGUGUUGUCAGUGUGUUGUCAGAGUGUUGUCAGUGUGUUGUCAGUGUGUUGUCAGAGUGUUGUGUUGUCGGAGUGUUGUCAGAGUGUUGUCAGAGUGUUGUCAGAGUGUUGUCAGAGUGUUGUCAAGUGUUGUCAGAGUGUGUGUGGUCAGUGUGUGGUCAGUGUGUGUCAGUGUGUGGUCAAAGUGUGGUCAGUGUGUGGUCAGAGUGUGUGGUCAGGUGUGGUCAGUGUUGUGGUCAGUGUGUGGUCAAGUGUGGUCAGUGUGGUCAACGUGUGUGGUCAGAGUGUGGUCAGAGUGUGGUCAGAGUGUGGUCAGUGUGGUGGUCAAAGUGUGUGUGUGGUCAAAGUGUGGUGGUCAGUGUGGGGUCAGUGUGUGUGGUGGUCAGUGUGUGGUCAGUGUGUGGUCAGUGUGUCAGUGUGGUCAGGUGUGGUCAGUGUGUGGUCAGACGUGUGGUCAGUGUGUGGUCAGUGUGUGGUCAAAGUGUGGUCAGUGUGUGGUCAGUGUGUGGUCAGUGUGUGGUCAGAGUGUGGUCAGUGUGUGGUCAGUGUGGUCAGUGUGGUCAGUGUGGUCAGUGUUGUGGUCAGAGUGUGGUCAGUGUGUGGUCAGUGGUGGUCAGAGUGUGUCAGUCAGUGUGUGGUCAGUGUGGUCAGUCAGUUUGGUCAGAGUGUGUUGGUCAGUGUGUGGUCAGAGUGUGGUCAGUGUGUGGUCGUGUGGUCAGUGUGUGGUGUGUGGUCAGUGUGUGGUGUGUGUGGUCAGUGUGGUGGUCAGUGUGUGGUCAGAGUGUGUGUGGUGUGUGGUCAGUGUGUGGUCAGAGUUGUGGUCAGGAGUGUGGUCAGUGUGUGUCAGGUGGUCAGGGUGUGGUCAGAGUGUGGUCAGUGUGUGGUGUCCGUGUGUGGUCAGUGUGUGGUCAGCGAGUGGUGGUCAGUGUGUGGUCAGUGUGUGGUCAGAGUGUGUGGUCAGUGUGUGGUCAGUGUGUGGUCAGUGUGUGGUUCAGUGUGGUCAGUGUGUGGUCAGAGUGUGGUCAGUGUGUGGUCAGAGUGUGCGUCAGUCAGUGUGGUCAGUGUGUGGUGGUCAGCUGUGUGGUCAGUGAUGUGGUGGUCAGUGUGUGGUCAGAGUGUGGUCAGUUGUGUGGUCGCGUGUGGUGGUCAAGUGUGGUCAGUGUGUGGUCAGUGUGUGGUCAGAGUGUGGUCAGAGUGUGGUCAGAGUUGUGGUGGUCAGUGUGGUGGUGGUCAGUGUGUGGUCAGUGUGGUCUGUGUGGUCAACGUGUGCGUCAGUGUGUGGUCAGUGUGUGGUCAGUGUGUGGUCAAGUGUGGUCAGUGUGUGGUCAGUGUGUGUGGUCAUUGUGUGGUCAGGUGUGUUCAGUGUGUGGUGGUCAGUGUGUGGUCAGAGUGUGGUCAGGUGUGUGGUCAAAGUGUGGUCAGAGUGUGGUCAGUGUGUGGUCCGAGUGUGGUCAAAGUGUGUGGUCAGUGUGUGGUCAGAGUGUGUGUCAGUGUGUGGUCAGAGUGUGGUCAUUGUGCUGGUCAGAGUGUGGUCAGUGUGUGGUUGGUCAGGAGUAGUGGUCAGUGUGUGGUCAGACGUGUGGUCACUGUGUGGUCAGUGUGUGGUCAGUGUGUGGUCAGAGUGUGGUCAGUGUGUGUGGUCAGUGUGGUCAGUGUGUGGUCAGUUAGUACAGUGUGUGGUCAGUGUGUGGUCCGAGUGUGGUGUGUGGUCAGUGUGGUGUGUGGUCAGUGUGUGGGGUGUGUGGUAAGUGUGUGGUCAGUGUGUGGUCAGUGUGUGGUCAGAGUGUGGUCAGUGUGUGGUCAGUGUGUGGUCAGUGUGUGGUCAGAGUGUGGUCAGUGUGUGGUCAGUGUGUGGUCAGAGUGUGGUCAGUGUGUGGUCAGUGUGUGGUCAGUGUGUGGUCAGUGUGUGGUCAGUGUGUGGUCAGAGUGUGGUCAGUGUGUGGUCAGAGUGUGGUCAGAGUGUGGUCAGUGUGUGGUCAGAGUGUGGUCAGUGUGUGGUCAGUGUGUGGUCAGAGUGUGGUCAGUGUGUGGUCAGAGUGUCAGGUGUGUCAGUGUGUGGUCAGUGUGUGGUCAGAGUGUGGUCAGUGUGUGUCAGUGUGUGGUCAGAGUGUGGUCAGUGUGUGGUCAGUGUGUGGUCAGUGUGUGGUCAGAGUGUGUCAGUGUGUGGUCAGAGUGUGGUCAGUGUGUGGUCAGUGUGUGGUCAGUGUGUGGUCAGAGUGUGUCAGUGUGGUCAGUGUGUGGUCAGAGUGUGGUCAGUGUGUGGUCAGUUAGUGUGGUCAGUGUGUGGUCAGAGUGUGGUCAGUGUGUGGUCAAAGUGUGUGGUCAGUGUGUGGUCAGUGUGUGGUGGUCAGUGUGUGGUCAGUGUGUGGUCAGUGUGUGGUCAGUGUGUGGUCAGUGUGUGGUCAGAGUGUGGUGGUCAGUGUGUUGUCAGUUUGUCAGAGUGUGGUCAGUGUGUUGUCAGUGUGUUGUCAGUGUGUUGUCAGAGUGUUGUCAGAGUGUUGUCAGAGUGUUGUCAGUGUCAGUGUGUUGUCAGAGUGUCAGUGAGUGUGGUCAGAGUGUUGUCAGUGUGUUGUCAGUGUGUUGUCAGAGUGUUGUCAGUGUGUUGUCAGUGUGUUGUCAGAGUGUUGUCAGUGUGUUGUCAGAGUGUUGUCAGAGUGUGGCGAUGGCGACGUGCAUAAAGAACGUGGCGGCUGUCAGGACGCCAGACGCCGAGGGUACAGCGCGUUCUCUGCACGAUGCUAAAGGUGUCAGCACAAAAGCACUCGACAAAUAA